CUUUUCUGAGCACAGCACCGACAGACCAACCACCGAAGUGAUAAACUGCGCUGAGGACACUUUACAAGACCAGUGUAACAGCGCUACAGGUUUUUUUUGCAGUAGCUGAACUUGAGCUUUCGGGGGACUAACAUACACAAUGACGAUGGAUCUUGAGAGUCGGUUUGUUGAAGAAGGAGAGCCGCUCUUACCACAGGUGAAGGUGUCGAGGAGGACGGCCGUCUGGCGGGUGUGUGGGGUCCUGCUGGCCGUGGCCCUGUGUGCCGCCGCCACCGUCUGCUUCACGCUCAACAAGCCUCAGAACAGUCAGGAAGGUGGAAAUGCGCUCAGGCUCACUUUAAGAGAUCAUCUUUCAAAAGAAAAUGUCACUUCCAAGGUUGCCAUCCAUUUAACAGGCGCAUAUGACCCUAACGUGUCUCAGGACAGCCUAGACUGGAAACAGAACCAGGACCAGGCUUUCGUUUCAGGCGGCUUGGAAUUAGUGGACAGAGAGAUCAUCAUUCCUAGCGACGGCAUUUACUUCGUCUACAGCCAGGUGUCUUUCCACAUCAGCUGCAAGAAGGACAUGACCGAGGACCAGGACUCCGUUCACAUGAGCCACGCCGUGCAGCGCUACUCCGAGUCGUACGGCAGCUACAAGCCGCUGUUCAGCGCCAUCCGCUCCGCCUGUACGCACGCGUCUGACUCUGAAAAUCUGUGGUACAACACCAUUUACCUCGGGGCGGCCUUCAACCUGAGAGCCGGAGACAAACUAUGCACCGAAACCACCUCCAAACUCCUGCACCGCGUCGACACCGGAAACGGAAAGACCUUCUUUGGGGUGUUUGCUUUAUGAUACGAACUCUAAACAAAUGCCCAAUAGCACACAAUGUAACCUGCUGUGCUUAUAUGAAGGAACCUUCCGUUUUUCUUAUUGUGGUUUACAUGUAUUUUGCACUGCAUUGUGUUUUAGCUGACAGAAAUGUGCGUAAAAUUAACGGACAAUGUCCAGGCGAAAAAAUAUCUAGUAGGCCUACAUUUUCCAUUUCUUUUACAGCGCAGCUGGAUGUCAAGCAAAACUUGAAAAGUCAGAAAAGAAUGGGGAGUGAAGCAGAGUUUCAUGCUUCGCUUCUAAUGCAAUGACACUGAUAAGACUGAAAUGACUCCUAAUCUAUGUUUUAUAUUAAAACAGGUCGAAAUCUGUAACGGAUCAGAUCCACAGAUCCCGAUAGCCACAUCCAUGCAUUUUCAGUCCAUGUUGAAUCAAAGCAAUCCAUUUAUUUAUAUCGUUUUUUGUUUAAUGAACGUUAAUAUUAUAUGUAUUUAUGUCUAGCCUAUUUAUUUAACUAUUUAUUGAACUAUUUAUUAAAAGAAUGAAAAACUACUGCACUGCUACUGUAAUGAAAUUCAAACAUUUAAUAAACAUUUGUAAUUCUA